AAAAAAAAAAAAAAAAGACCUUCAUUAAUAGCAAAAGCAAAUCAAAAUCUCUCUUUUUCAUCUUCACUUCUCUACCUCCAUUUCCAAAUCUUCAAAUACCAUCAAAUUUUAAUUUACACCUUUAUUUAAUUUUCUUUCUUGUUCAUCAUUGUUUUCUUUUCCUCACAUAUACAAAAUUCAUCAUACAAAGAACCCAACAAACAAUAUGCCAAAAUACCACAACUUCUCCCCUUUCUUAUUUUGAUAAAAUAAAAGUAUAACAAAGUGAAAGACUCUUCCUUUAAGCUUAAAGUUUCAACCUUUUUAAUGGAGUCAUUGCCAUUGUUAUGUAGAGCUCCACACCCUCCAACCACAUCUUUUAAAGCUUUUAAUGGUGGGUCACUUUGCUUUGACUUUCUCCUCCAAAAGUCAACCUUUAAUAGGAAGAAAAUCAUGUUUGGUAGAGGUGUAGUGAGAGCUUCAAUGAAACCUCGAGGUGAAAGAGUUGAUGGUGUUGGAAAUGGUGGGAUUGAAAGAUCAGAUGGUGGAGGAGUAGGGUAUACUAGAUCAACUAUGGAAGUUACCACUUUUACUCAAAAUUUUGGUGAUGCUACUGCUGACUUUCCUGUUUGGGAAAAGAUUGGAGCUAUUGUUCGUCUUAGCUAUGGAAUUGGCAUAUAUGGUGCUAUGGCUCUAGCUGGAAGUUUCAUUUGCUCUAUUAGCGGUGUUGAUAGCUUGGGAGGUUUGGAAUGGUCGUUUGAUGCCAUCAUCGAAGGACUUGGAUAUGCAACUAUCCCUAUAAUGGCUUUACUUUUCAUCCUUGAUGACGAGGUUGUGAAGCUGUCGCCCCAUGCUCGUGCUAUAAGGGAUGUAGAGGAUGAGGAACUCCGAAGCUUCUUCUAUGGAAUGUCACCGUGGCAGUUUAUACUCAUUGUUGCUGCUAGCUCAGUCGGAGAGGAACUCUUCUAUCGAGCAGCUGUCCAGGGUGCUCUUGCUGAUAUAUUUCUCAGGAGUAGUGACUUGGUGACUGAUGCUCGCGGGAUGGCUUCUUUGGCUGGUGUGCUGCCUGCAUUUGUACCAUUUGCUCAGGCUUUUGCAGCAGUCAUUACAGCUGCCCUUACGGGUUCUCUAUAUUAUAUGGCCGCGUCACCUAAAGAUCCUACUUAUGUUGUGGCGCCUGUUUUGCCAUCACGAACUGGUCGUCGGGAUUUGAAGAAGCUGUUUGCAGCUUGGUAUGAGCGGAGGCAAAUGAAAAGAAUCUAUUCCCCGCUCUUGGAAGGAAUUUUGGCUCUUUACCUUGGAUUCGAAUGGAUUCAAACAAGCAACAUCCUUGCGCCAAUCAUCACACAUGGGAUAUACUCAGCCGUAGUUCUAGGACAUGGCUUGUGGAAGAUCCAUGAUCACAGGCGCAGGUUACGCGAGAGAAUCCAACAGCUAAAAUCGGAAAGAAAGAACAGGAACAACAACUUUUAAAGACGUUGCCUAUGUGCCUCGACAGAAUCGUAUAUUACAGUCGUAGAUUCGAUAGAUCCUUGAUAACACAGGGAAAUUAGUUGCGUAGUGUGUAUAUAUAACUAUACAUAGUAUAAACUACAUUUCUUUUUACGUAUAAAUGAAUGUAAUAUGAGGGUGAAGCAUGUACCCUCCUUCCCACUGCACUACGAGUAUGUAUUUUGACUUUUGAGAAAGAAUGGCAGUGGACCCCAAGUUACCCAUCAUUAAAAA